CCAUUUCACUUUUCUGUUCCCAUAAAGCAAGCUUGUUCUGGGCUUUGCAGAACUUUUUGACCAAGCAGACGAAACCAAUCCUUUGGACGACUGCAUUAUUUUUCUUUAUUUUGUAUUGCUAUGGUGUCGGAAACUCCGUUACAGCAACCACCCGUCGUGACUCAAAGUGUAUCUGCUUCUGCCAGCGACUAUUCUUCCCCCAUGCCUGCAUUGGACAUGCCGAGGAAUCCCAAUGGCGGAUCGCCAGUUACCGAUACUGUAAGACGGCUUCAUCCUAUAGAACACUCGAAUUCUCGCCAUUCUUCACCACUUCGAUCUUCUCCUGCUCCAGUCCUUUCAACGUCUCCGGCCAUGCAUGAACUGCAUCCAUCUUCUACUCAUGGACCCCCCAUGUCCGAUAUGCCGUCCAAUAGUUUACUUGGUUCUACUUUACCUUAUCGGAGCCCUGUAACGACUUCUAUUCCCGUCCGUGUUUCUCCACCUUAUGAGAGACAGCGUGAUGCGGCCACCCAAUCCCCGCAAGCGUCAACAGUCACACCCUCCUCUUCAGGCAAUCCCUCCGCCGGAGGCUACCGUCCCCUCAAUGUAAAAGACGCACUCACCUAUCUUGAUCAAGUUAAAGUCAAAUUCGCGGACCAGCCGGAUGUAUAUAAUCGAUUCUUGGAUAUUAUGAAGGAUUUUAAAAGUCAGGCUAUUGAUACGCCUGGAGUGAUCGAACGCGUCUCAACACUGUUCAAGGGAUAUCCUGCGCUGAUUUCGGGAUUUAAUACAUUUUUACCACCUGGUUAUAGAAUAGAAUGUUCCGUCGAUGCCUACGAAAGAGAUAUCAUCAAAGUCACUACACCUUCCGGUGUGACAAGCACGACCCACGGCGAACCGCUCAAUCUUCCUUCAGAUACUCCUAUGACGGCGGAUGCGCCUCCACCUCCACCACCGCCGUCUCAUUACUAUCCUCAUCUAUCGACAUCCAUUCCCUAUCAUCCAUCCUCAAUGUCUUAUGAUGUAACGAAUCGUGGCACUUCUCGGAACGUUGAUCCACCACCGAUACCUGCUCCUCUGCUACCGAUUUACCAUCAUCACACUUCCUCACCCCAAGCGCAACCUUCGCAGAUCAAUGGAAUGUCGGAAACAGAUGCAUCCUCCAAUCGUCGUGUACCUGUGGAAUUCAAUCACGCCAUUAAUUAUGUGAAUAAAAUCAAAAAUCGAUUUGCGGCGGAUCCCGAAAUUUACAAGCAAUUUUUGGAGAUUUUGCAAACUUACCAAAAGGAGCAAAAACCGAUCCAGGAAGUCUAUGCUCAAGUGCAAGAAUUGUUCAAUGGAGCAACGGAUUUGUUGACGGAGUUCAAGCAGUUCCUUCCUGAUACAUCGGCAAGUCAGCCAAUGGCAGGAUCGGUUUUGUUUGGUGGUGUAUCGUCAAAGGAUAACAUUGGAAAAAGAAAAAGAGGUGGUUUGGCCGCUACUGCAGGCAGUGUAUCAAAGAACUUGAAACGGUCGAAACUUCUCCAUAAACCCGAUAUCCAAUUGUCUGAUGUGCGCUCAGAUAUCAACCCUGAUUUCGACUUUGAUGGUCCGAAUUUCGCCGCCGACGAAACCGAAUUCUUUGACCGCGUGAAAAAACACAUCAACAACAAAUCCAACUAUCUCUUGUUUUUGAAAAUGCUCCAUCUCUUUAGCGAACAGAGAAUCGACCAUAACGAAUUGAUUGAUCGUUUGGGAAACCUAAUUGGAGACAAUAAGGAGCUUUACGACAAACUCAAGACGCUGGUUGGCUACGAUGGCACCGAUUGCAUUAUCGAGAAUAUACCCGCCACCUCUGUGAAAUAUGACUUGUCACGAUGCAAAAUCAACGGCGUCAGUUAUCGACGCCUUCCUCGAGAAUGGCGAAAUGAUGUAUGUUCUGCGCGUGAUUCAUUGUGUAAAGAGGUGUUGAACGAUGCGUAUGUUUUGCGACCAUUAUGGUCACGGGAAAAUGCCCGCUAUGUGACCAAAAAACGAAAUCCAUACGAAGAUGCCAUGAAUCGAACCGAGGAAGAGCGUUAUGAUUACGAUUUAAACAUCGAGUCAAACUUGAGUACCAUUGCUUUACUGGAACCGAUUGCGAAAAGGCUAUCAACCAUGACGGAGGAAGAAAAAGCCGAACUACGACUUCCCGUAGGAUUGGGGGGUCCGUCCAAAACUAUUUAUCAGAGCGUUAUCAAGAAGAUUUACGGCAAAACCCGCGCUGCCGAUGUGAUUCGGUCCCUGCAUGAAAAUCCUUCUGUGGCGGUUCCCAUUAUCUUGACUCGAUUAAGGCAAAAAGACGAUGAAUGGAGGAAAGCCCAACGCCAAUGGAAUAAAGUAUGGCGAGAGAUUGAAACCCGAAAUUACUUUCGGUCUCUUGAUUAUCAGGGGCUGUCGUUCAAAAAGAUGGACAAAAAAAUCAUUUCCACCAAGGAACUGAUUGAGGAGAUUGAAGGAUCAUCCGAAAUGCAAGACCUUUCAAUAUCGGCCUCACGACAUGGACGUGAUAGACAGCUUUUAUACUCGUUUGAAGAUCGGCCGCUCUUUAGGGACGUUACGCGACUUCUCUAUUCAUUUCUGGAACGGCAAACCCUGUACACGGUGGACGAAUGUGAAUUGAUGCGAUCGUUUAUCGAAGUGUUUAUACCUGCUUUAUUUGAUAUUCCCGAUAUUCAACCCGAUAUGGAUCUAUCUGAACAAGAAUCUGAAGAAUCGCGACUUCGUCAAAGUGAUGAUUCCGAAACCGAAAUCAUGUCUGCAUCUGCUCAGCGAAGUUCAGGGCGUGGACGCGGCUUCUCCAAACGGUCGACAACGCGACGUAAAAAGCCCUUGAAUAAUCGCAAAUCCCGUCGAAGAAGAGGUUACACGCCCAAAGAGGAAGUCCAAGAUGAUUCGGCCGAUGUACCGGAUCCAUCUGUGGAAGAAGAUGAUGCUGAGACUGGAAUAGUAUCCAAGGAUGCCGACAACGACACUGUCACAGAUACUGCACCUUCCAUAUCGGAUUAUCCUGCCGCCGUGCCGGUCAAUUCCGUAGACGAUGAGCUAGUCAGGGAUAGCCUAUUCUAUUUUUUCGGCAACGAUCAUUUCUACUGUUUUCUACGGUUAUACCAGAUUAUCUAUGAUCGGUUGGGAAAAAUGAAGGCGCUUGAUGCCGAGUACAAGUCAGACAUUGAGAAAGAAAAGAAAGCCAACAAAACUUUGAUGGAAAUUGGUGUGAUGAACAAGCAAUACCAUGGCAUCGAAAUUGAUGGGGAUCGAGGGUAUUAUCGCACCAUGCACAACAUCAUUGAUCGCUUUUUCGAAGGAGAAGUGGAUCAUCAAAUAUUUGAAGAAUGCAUACGUUACCUCUACGGCAAUCAAGGUUACUUCAUUUUUCCUAUUGGUAAAUUAAUGGUGGCCAUCAUGCGUCAGAUGCAUUUCAUCAUUGCGGACAAAUCCACGCAGGAAAUUUUGGAUCUAAUGAAAAAGACAAACGAAGCAGAGCGUGUGACCUCGGAAAUUCUAAAACAAUAUCAAUCAACAGUGAAACGCAUGAUUGGCGACGACGAAAAAUUAUACAAAUUUACCUUUAAUUAUCAGGAUCGAAUAUUGUCUAUACAAAUGGCAACUUCAGGAACGGCUGCAGAAAAGACCAAGGAAAUGGAGGACUACAAUGCAUACGUAUCAGAGUUCUUUAACUGGGCCGAAGCGACGCCUGGAAUUCAGAUGAAUGAAUUACGGCGACCGUUUUUGGCAAGAAAUCGUACUAUAGGAUCCAUUGAUGAACCAAGAAGGAUGGAUCGGUUGGAGUAUAAUAUAUGUCCAAGUACCUAUCGUUUAUUCUACGUCAAUCACACGGAGGACAUGCUUUUCCGUAAAAGAGAUACCGAUAUGACCGAUAAUGAAGGAAAGCCGGUCACCUUUCCGUUCCAUCAAAGAAACAUCAAAAUUCUAUCCUGAUUUGUAUAUAAAAUAAUCAAUCCAUACAUGUAAUGACUAUAAACCAAAGAUUCGCUAU